AUGUUAUUCUCAGUGACAUCUGCUGUGGCUGUUCGCAGAUCAGCGCUAAAUGCGAGGAGAUUGACCUCUCGCCGUGGCUUGCUCACGUUGGCAAUUGAAACGUCAUGUGACGAUACAUCAGUCGCUAUUGUCGAGAAAACAAAGAAAGACCCCGGAAACGCAGCUAAAAUCCAUUUCCUUGAAAAUGUAACGGCCGAUACGCGUGCGCAUCGCGGAAUCCACCCCAUCAUCGCCCUCGAAUCCCACCAAGAAAGCCUCGCAAACCUUGUACAGAAAGCCCUUAAUUACCUACCGGAGUCAAAAACAGAUGAUGGACUCAAACUAGCUGAUGGGACUCGUCGCCGCCUCCCCGAUUUCAUAUCCGCCACAAGAGGCCCCGGAAUGCGGUCUAACCUGUCCGUUGGCCUCGACACUGGGAAAGCGCUGUCGGUUGCAUGGCAGAUCCCCAUGGUCGGAGUGCACCACAUGCAGGCACAUCUUCUAACGCCCGGACUUGCAUCAUGUCUGGAAAAUGAAACCAAGGCUGACGGCCCACCCGCAAUGGUGCCCAAAUUCCCUUUCCUAUCCAUCCUCGUCUCUGGAGGCCAUACAACCCUGGUUCAUUCCAAAGGUCUCACAGACCAUAGAAUACUAGCUUCAAGCGAGGAUAUAGCUAUUGGAGAGGCACUCGAUAAAUCCGCGCGAGAUAUCCUACCUGCUUCCUUGCUUCAGGAAGCUAAAAGUACCAUGUACGGCAAGAAUCUGGAGAAAUUCGUCUUCCCUAAUGGCAAGGCAGAUUUUGCGGAUUACUCGCCACCAAUAACUCGGGGUGAAGAAAUCGACAGACGUGUAAGCGAUUGGGGCUGGUCUAUUACGACUCCAUUUGCGAAUACGCGCAUGAUGCAGUUCAGCUUUUCUUCCAUUUCGAGCAUGGUUGGGAAGAUCGUUCAGAACAAAGGUACAGAUACUAAGAUGUCGCAUGCAGAGCGGGUUGAUCUAGGCCGGGAAGCUAUGCGCGUCUGUUUUGAGCACCUUGCUUCGCGCACUGUUAUCGCGCUGGAGACUCUGCGGCCGCACAAUAAUGGCAAGAACGAUAUCACCACCCUCGUUGUUAGUGGUGGUGUUGCCGCCAACCAAUUCCUCAUGAAAGUGCUCAGUUCGUUCUUGGAAGUGCGCGGCUUUGGCAAUAUCAAGAUCGUUGCUCCGCCUCCAUAUCUGUGUACUGACAAUGCGGCCAUGAUUGGGUGGGCGGGUCUUGAGAUGUUUGAGGCUGGCUUCCGAUCCGACCUCAGCUGUCGUCCUCUGCGCAAAUGGACCCUUGACCCGAAAGCUGAUGAUGGAGGUAUCCUUGGCCCAGGAGGCUGGAUCCAAGAGUGA